CGUCAACAAAUCAAAUCUCUGUUUUUUCAAAAAUAUGUGAUAAAAUCUAUCCUGUUAUGAAGUAUUAAACCCUUCUAUCACUACAGUUCUAAAAUAACGAACACAAAAUAAAGUUACCAUCUCUAAUAAUUGCUGAUGCCGGGAAAAAAGUUUUUUUUGUUCAUUCAUUUUUCAUUUUGUGUUGGAUUGGUGUUUCGAUCAGUCUUGUGUCUUGUUAUCUUUAGUUUAGUUUUCAUUUUGAAUGUCAAUUAUAGUUAUAGCGAAUUGAAAAUAACGUUUUUAUACUUGUCAGCAGCAGAAUACAAGGUAAAUCAUGUCUUCAAAAUUGUUCAUUCCAAACGACCUCCUUGAUAGCAUGGUCUGUCUAAAUUGCAACGCCCAUUUAUCCGUUUUUCCGAUUUACACGAAAAUUGAUGGAUCCGGUGCAUUAUGCGGGCGUUGCAAAAUCAUGGAAGACAACAAAUUCAUCCGCGAUGAAGCUUACGAAGGUCUCGCACAAUUUUUAAUAUUUCCAUGCAGAUACGUCAAGGACGGCUGCAAAGAAAAUCUGACGCCGCCGAAAUUAGAGGAGCAUGAGAGAUGCUGCAAGUUCAGAAAAUUCGAUUGUCCCACUAAAAUCGACUUAAAAUGCCAGUGGAAAGGGGCUAGGGCCAAUUUAGUCGAGCAUUUCGAACAAAAGCAUGCCGCUUUUUUAUUGAAAGAACCUUCUUUCAAGCUGAACUUCGUGAAUUCCCAAGAAGAAUGCUUCCUUUUCCAACAAGAUGAGGAGUUAUUCGUAAUAAAAAAAGAAGUUGAUGCUCGUAAGGGUAUUUUUUCUUGCUCUGUUGAGCAUUUAAAGGCCGUAGAAGAGUCUGAUGUUUACAAUCAUUCUUUAAAAAUAGAAAGUGGCAAUAAGAAUUUCUUUUACAAAUGCCCUGAUAAAAGCACAUGUGAUAAUGAGAGGCUAAACAGCACUCAACUAACCCAAGAUAUUCUGCGUGAAAGGCUGCAUGAUCCAGAUGCAAUAGAUGUUAAUAUUCAGAUUUUCAAGACCAAGCUUGUAGAGGUAGAAUCUUCUUCUGCACCAGAAGAAGGAGAAGUAGCAGGAGCAGUUAUCCCUAAGCCCAUCGAUCUAAAAAAGAACCCUAACAUAAAUUGGGACAUGCUUUCUGAAAUGGAAUGCCCAGUCUGCUUCGAUUACAUGCUUUCACCGAUAUACCAAUGCACAAACGGCCACAGCAUUUGCGAACCUUGCAAGAGUCGUCUAACCGAAUGCCCUGUGUGCAAAAACAAAUUUCAAGAAACCAAAAAUUUUGUUCUUGAAAAAAUGACGCAACACAUGAUAUACCCAUGCAAAUUCUACAAAUCGGGUUGCCAAUUUUCUGUCAAAGCCACCGAGAUUAGAAACCACGAGAAUGGAUGCGAAUUCGGACCUUACACUUGUCCUUUGAAAGAUGCCCAAAAUUGCGAUUGGAAAGCCAGUCAUGCCGAAGUCGUUGAUCACAUAGAUAACAAUCAUGACGAAUCAAUUUUAAAAACAGACAAAAUCGAUUUAGUUUUCAACAAUACUCAGGCUUUAGAGAAAAUAAUCCUUAUUAAAUAUCUGAGGAAGGUUUUUAAAUUAUUCUUUAAAUACCAGAACGAGAAGUUCUAUUGGUGCGUACAACUGGUGGGGCCAGCCAAUGAUGCCAAAUUGUACAAAUUUGAAAUAGACGUUAUUGAUUUGACUUUAGCUAAGAAACGGUGCUAUUUUACUGGCUUGGUAGUACCUCUGUCUAACCAAACAGAUUGUUUUACUACAAGAGGAAAGUAUACAGUUGCUUCUUUGGAACAACUUGAGGAUUUUAUUAAUAAUAAUACGUUCAGUUUUAGAGUACGGGUCAUUAAAGAAUGAUUUAAUGAUUCGUUGCUAAUAUGCCCAUUUUUUAAACUAUGUAAAUAUGUUUAUGAUUUUUACUUUUACAGGAUGAUCUAUUAGUGUGAAAAAGUAAGUACGUCUGUCACUAUUUGAUAUAUAAAAUAGUUAUUGCACUAAUUUUAAAAAUGUAAAGUAUAAAUGUAUUUUACUGUUGGAUCUGUGCCAACCAACGCUUUUUGUUUAGUCAUACAGUCAUGGUUAUGUUGAUUAUUAGUGGCAGGUAAAGUAUGGCUCUAUUGAUGGUUAGCUGUAAGAAACAUUAAAUGUCAUAUUUUAACAUUAUUCUGAAACUUUUCUAAUUUUUUAUUAAAAUUUACUUAUCGAAAACACUUUUUUGUUGUAUUCUUCAAAAUUUACUUGCAGUCAAAUGAUAACAAUAUGCACAUCAUCCCUAUACCUAAUAUAUUUUUACAUAAAAAUUACAUUUGUGUACCUGUAAAUGUGUUUUUUUUUUUUUGUAAUUCUAAUAGUGUCUGUGAAAAUGAACUUUUACACACUAAUGGUUCACUCUUUAUGAUUGAAUAGUCAGAUUAGGUUAGAUAGAAUAAAAGUUGCCUAUUCAGGAUAGCAAUUAAUCCUGAAUUUAACGUUUUGUUGAUUUUUAAUUAAGGUUAUAUCCGAUAAAACUUUUCAGUUGUAAAUAAUUGUAUGUCCACCUCAAUAUGCAACAUUUAUCUCAUUUAACCAAAUCCCUUCCAUUAAUUUUUGUUAUUUUUUCUCCAUAUUACUUUUGGUUCUAAAAGAAUCUAUAAGAGAUGCAAGAUUUGCCUUAUUAAUAAAUCUGCUAAAGUAACUUUAAAAAUUAUUCUAAACAUUCCAAUUAUUAUCCUAUGGGCUUAUGCAUGUUUCAACUAUAUUGAUAACGUCCAAUGAAUUCAGAAAAAAGUAAAUUACUCUGGGUGUAUUUAACCGCAAGUUUUUUGCAACAAAUUUAAAUCGUGCUUCUCUUAUUG